AUGUCGGGAGCCGAGGCCGCGAUCGCUGGCAUAGGAUUUCUCUGCAAUGCGAUGCAGAUCGUCACUUUCGGCAGAGAUAUUCUCCAAGUUUACAAACACGUUCGGAAUGAACACUGUCCUGACCCUAGGCUGGAGGCCUAUCUCAAAAGCGCGAAAGCUUGCUUCGAUGAUAUGAACAGCUCAACUUUGGCGACCUCUCAAGCUUUGCCGCCGAGCCGAGACCAACAACAGAUAAUUGAGAUUGGCAAAAAGCUUGAAGAAUCCAUGGCCCAGCUGCAAUCUAAAUUCUCCCAGCUUCAUAUCGAUGAUGCAUCGAGACGUGGAUUCCGCGGGAAGAUAAAGGUGGGCAAAAAGAGUCUGGCCACUCUAUGGCAAGGAAAGGAACUCGAAAGUCUUGAGGUAAACCUCAAACGAUACGAGAGCCUUCUCCAUGGUGUCGUUCUGCAACGUAUAUGCAACCAGUCUCAGGCUGCAGAAAUCACUUCAAAGGAGUCCUUCAAUAAACUCGAUGCCAACCUGCAAUCAAUCAUUACACAGCUGGCAGAUGGCUGCACUCGGAUUUCCGACCUUUCAGCCGAGUCACUCAAGACAAGGGACCUAGUUACCCAGGAGCAUGCAACAACACGUGCAGCUAUCGAUGCAGGCUUCGCUACCACGCAAGAGUCCAUUUCGAGUUUCCGUGACUCGAUGACCCAAGAAUUUCAGGACAUGGCCCAACGCGACCGAAGCAAUAGUUUCGAGAAAGAGCACGAUGAACUGCUCCAAAGUAUCCGAUUUCCUGAAAUGAACAGCCGCAAGAAUCAUAUCUCUGAAAACUACCCCGGUACCUUCAGUUGGGUCUUCGAGAACCCCACUGACUGCAAUCGUGGCGAUGUACCAGGGUCAGCCGAUGCGACAAGACUAUCAGAUUUCAAUUCAUUUCCUGCCUGGCUAGAGUCUGAUACCCAGCAAUUUUGGGUCAGCGGCAAGCCCGCUUCUGGAAAAAGCUCGCUCAUGAAAUUCCUUGCGACUAAUCCCCGUACAUUGCAGCAUCUGCAAGUCCAGGAUAGCAACAUCCAAAUCCUCACUCACUAUUUCUGGAAGCCAGGGCAGCCGCUACAGAAAAACAUAGAAGGUAUGACACGUUCCCUUCUCCAUCAAGUGCUUCACAAGAACCGUGAUCUCGCCCAACAGCUAUGGACCAAGCAGCCAAAUAUCCAGGAUAAGCGAGACGGUGGAGAUUGGGAUGUGGAUGAGCUAAAGAAAGCUCUCUGCUGGGCAAUCAGAUUCUCAGGCACUAAUUUCUGCAUCUUCCUCGAUGGGCUAGACGAGGCUAAAGAGUUCGAGGACCUACCGUGGGGCGACGAGCAGAACACGCAAGUGGUUUACGACUUGCUCACACUUGACAACAUCAAGCUAUGUGCAUCCAGUAGGGAAGAGGACCCUUUCUGUCGGUUCUUCACGAGCCAGCCCUGUCUCAGAACCCAUCGGCUGAAUUGGAAAGAUAUCUACCAUUAUGCGAACAAUAGGCUAGAGGUAUCCAGUCUAAACUCUUAUGAUCGAUAUCGACUUCUGUCAACAGUUGUAAACAAAGCAAACGGUGUGUUUCUCUGGGUGGUUUUAGCCGCCAAGAGCCUCAAUAAAGCAAUACGUUCAGGUGGUGCCCAUGAAUUCGAGGAGCGACUCGCACAGACGCCAUCGGAAUUACACGACCUCUUGGUCGAUAUGUGGAAUCGCCCAGGAGAUGAUGCCAAGCUAUCAACUUACAGAAUCGAUGCUUCUCGCUGCUUCAACAACGGCUCUCCACUCGAUGCGCUCAUUGCUCGUGUUAACUACAGCUCUGGAGGAUAA